AUGGCUGACAUUCUCCACGCCAUUGCACAAAAGCCUCAACCUCGCAUCGUGGCCGCGCCAAGUGCUUUGCCUCAGGCUCAAGCCAGAAAAGGGUCGCUUGCCAAUAUUCAACCACAGCAGGAUGAAUCUGAAAACAAUGAAAGUACGCCGGGACCUUCGGAAAGCUUUCCUGCUGUUGUCAGGCUAUUCACGGCAUAUCGAAAAGACUUGCUGAAGCAAACUAGCAAAACACCUGAGUACGACGAAAUCGACGAAUGGUUCCGGAAGGCUGGGAGUCAUCAAGGGUCUCAUCUCUGCAACAUGGACAAGACGCAAGGCGAAGAUGACGACGACGAGAAGAUCAUCUCGUUUCUUCACCACUGUUUGAAAGCAACAGACAGAUUCGAUCAACUGCUCCCCCUUUUCGACUGGGCUAUGAAAACGUACCCUCAGCUUUACCUUAAAGGCGUCGAUCGAGACAAGUCCAUCUUGAAUUUUGCUUGCAGCAAAUGCAAGGCAUCCAAAGAGAAGGAAUAUCUCAGUACUCUUAUGAAACACUACCCCUCGCAACUAAGUGAUAUCCUGAAGAAGUCAUCGCCCAAACAACAGGGGAAACUACUUCUUGAAAUCAUCCCUUUCAUUAGGGGUCGCACUGGCCCAGAGUUCUUAUCAUUCUUUAGGCAUGGAUCUAUGGAGUUCAAUACAACCCAGCUACAAACUGAAACACCUCAAACAAAGGCAGCUGUCACGGUCACUGGGACUCAGGGUAUAGAAAGCCGGGUUCCAGCCACCCUAGCGGACGAUGUCAUCCGUAAAAGGUGUGCUGAUGAUUACGUUGUCCUCAACUGGAAGGCGGCGCAAGGGCCUUCGAGCCUUGACACUACAUCCCACUGCCUAAAUACUAAGAAGUCGCUCGAGCCUGGACAAGUUCCAGGAUUGCAACGAAAUAAGGACAAUCAAACCCCUUUGCACCUGGCUGCCUUAUAUGAAAAAAAUCAGAACGCCAACUUUGAAAGUCAACUCGAGCUGGUCAAGUCUUUGGUAGCUUGGUGCCCUGCUGCACUAGACAAGCCGGACUCAAAAGGGCGGUCUGCCUAUUUUCUUAGAGUCGAAACGCUUGAAGACUGCAAAUUGGAGCAGGAUGAAAUUGCAUUCUUCCUCAAGGACAAGAUAUUACAUCUGGACAAUCGCGACGCUGUCCCCGAACUGCUCUAUGGACAGUCAAAGUCAGCCACUGCAGCCACUGUAGCCAAGAAACCGGAGAAGGAAAUCCACCUCGACUUGAGCGAAUUGACGACAUCUUCAUCUAGAGAGGACCUCAUCAGGUUUAUCGACGGGUUAGUCUUCGAAAAUAUUCUUCAGUAUGUCAAGAUUCCACAACACCCUUUCCGUCCUCGUGACCCUUCGCGCUCUUCUUCCGAUGGAGCCGCUUCAAAGCAUGACGAGAAUGGAUGUGGUCGAAAAGAUUUUAUCGCUAUUUUUGAGAAGCUGAAAGAAAAGGGCGUACGAAAGAUUAUUCGGGUCAUAGUUGACGAUGACGACGCAUGUCUCCAUCAAGAUGAUGCCCUCGAAAACUUGGGCGAGUUUAAGAUCGAGGACUUUCAGUGGAGAAAGACAGACAUGUCAAGCAGUGUUAUCAUAAAGGCGGCAGGAAACGCUCGACAUAUCCAGCUAUUCAGCAGUGGUAACCACUCAGUGCUAAGGGAUUGGUCAAGUUCAGAGGGUCUCAAUCGACUUGAAUCACAGCUUAAGUCUGUCCAUGUCAUUGUACGCUGGAAGAUUGAAUCACUGUCGAGGACCGAAAAAUAUGCCCGAGAUUUUAUCAAGAGACUCAUUGUGCACUGCCCUCAGGUUCAAUCAAUCGAGGUUAGACUUGAGCCCCUGAAGUCAAAAAGCCAUGAUGAAUGGACGCAACCGAAAUUCAUUGCCAAAACCAAUUCCUGGCUACGCAGAAUGCAACACUUUGCAGGAUUUAUUGGCAAUGUCAGAAAACUCCAACAGGACGGUGGUGCUAGACAAGUACGAGUAGCCAUACUUGACGAUGGGAUCGACUGGUCUUUUGUCAGUUCGAUCCGAGCCACAGGGCGGUCCUUCUACGCUGAUAAAAGAUUCGAUUUGGGCUUCCAAAAGUCGUGGUUUUCAUCGUCGACAGAUCACGGCACUCUAAUGGCAGCACUCAUCUGCAAGAUUUGUCCGGAUGCCAUCAUUUAUUCAGCUCGGCUAGAACAGACCAUAUCAAACACUGGCUCAUUUCAGCCCACUGCUCAUUCAGCUGCAAAGGCAAUCAAAUGGGCAGUUGGGAUGAAUGUUGAUAUUAUUUCCAUGAGCUGGACUAUCCCUGGGGAAGAUGCAGAACUUCAAAAUGCUGUCACCGCUGCGCACACGGCAAAGAUUGUAAUGUUUGGUGCGGCCAGUGACCAGGGCGUAAGUGAAGACAUACCACAGUUCAUGGGUAAAAUGAACGACAAAGUCAUAUGUAUCGGUGGGGCUCGCGAGAGUGGCUAUAGUGAUGAGAAGUCUCAGGCCCAAGGAGAGUAUUUCUUUCCGGGCCAAGCUUCCAGCAUCCCCGGUCCUCUACCACCGAUGAAAUCCAACUUCGGGGAUCAGCCGGCCAGUUCUGUAGGAACCGCAUUAGCUUCUGGCUUGACGGCGAUGAUUAUGCUUCUCGUUAACAUGUCACCCAAGUAUGGUGGAGUUUCCUCUCGAAAAUCGGAUCAUGAGGCAUACAGAUUGCAGCUACAAAAUCCGGAUAUAAUCCGCAAGGUCUUCGACCACAUUCUUCGAUCAUCCAGCGACUCUGAUACGCUGGAUAGAAAGAGAACUAUUCCUGUGGACAGGAUCUUCAAAACAGCCAAACUGGAAAGGAAACUUCAGUCCGCACCAUCAAACGAACGCGCUAAGAAGGGCUUGGAGUUGAUAGAUGAGGUUGUAGAGAAACUUUUACGUGGCCUUAUCAACUCUCAUCAAGACCGGGACGAGGAAUCUGGAUCUGACGACAGUGAUGCUACCGACGAAUAUUAA